CCGCACGCGUACGCCGGCCGGCCCGUGGUGGUGAGCGGCGCGCUGGACUCGUGGCCGGCCCUGCUGAGCGUCGACUACGAGUUCCUGCGGCGGAUGUACGCCAGUGUGCGGGGCAACAUGACGGUGGGCGAGGACGGCUGCCAGUUCCUGGCGUUCCGGUCCGAGCUCGAGUCGCUGGAGCAGCUCAUGCAGCAGCGGCGCGGCGCGCAGCGCGCCGACAGCAGCUGGUACAUCGGGUGGAGUAACUGUGACCCGCGCGUGGCGGCGAUGCUGCGUGGCCUGUACAGCUGGCCUGACUUCCUGCCCGCCGACGGCGAGGGCUCGGCCAUUGACUGGAUCUUCAUGGGCACGCCCGGCCGGGGCACGGCCGUCCACAUCGACAACGUGCACCGGCCGUCGUGGCAGGCGCAGAUCCGCGGCUCGAAGCGCUGGCGGCUGCACCCGCCGCCCGAGUGUGAGCACGUCUGCCGCCCCUUCACAGUGGACGUCCGCCGGGGCCAGAUGUUUUUGCUGGACACGAACCAAUGGUACCAUGGCACCGAGGUGAUCGGCGAUGAGAUGUCCAUCACUAUCGGGUCCGAGUAUGACUGAGUAAUGUGACGAGGUAUCCAUCACUAUCGGGUCCGAGUAGGACUGAGUAAUGUGACGAGGUAUCCAUCACUAAAGGGUCCGAGUAGGACUGAGUUGUGUGGCGAGGUAUCCAUCACUAUCGGGUCCGAGUAUGACUAGGUUGUGUAGCGAGGUGUCCAUCACUAUCGCUCUUUGGUGUCACCGAGUUAUGACUCAGCACUGCAAACGGUCACAAAGCACCUAGCCUUUCGGCGCUAGCUGUUGAGAUCUGAACGCCCACACAGCACAAAUGCUGCUACUUAACGCUUACAAUUCUAGGCGGGUGUUGUGUGUCCAUGAUGAUGCUGUGAUGCCAAUAAUCGGUCCGGCUGAGGUUUAGUUAGAUGUGGUCGAGCCUCCACGGCUUUUACCACAUUAACUGUGUCGUAAUAUGCGUUGUGGAAGCAGCACACGUAUUCUGUGCUUUGAUGCUGCUACUUAAGUCAUGCUUGCCGUAACCUCUACCAAGACUUGGUUUCCUUUAGUGGGUUGUUUUGUUUGUGUCUUGUUUUAUAAUGUUGUUGGUUGAAUCAGGCAUGGAUAUCGUAAGUCUGCAACAUUGGCUCAUUCAAAGCAGCAUCCCUGAAUAUUCACGAAAGAGUCCAUAUCAGGCUCCAUCACAGGCUUGAUACCUGCUUCUGUGGAUAUUUUGGUGCAUGGUGGCCAUGCCGUAGUGCGCAUCUCCCACGAUUACUACCAUAGCGGAAAAGCUAGUCAAUGAACGUAGUGCAACGUUUUUGUUAACGAUUGGUCACCCGUAUCAAGCACCUUCGACAUGCCCACUCGUAGCGCUGGGAUAUUUGUUGUCUGUGUCUCGUGUUAUGCCAAAGAACAGCGUCCUCCGUCGCAAAGACGCUCCCGAGCUUCCGCCGAUACUUUGUAUUGUCGCGUCCGGUAUGGCACCGAAGAGCGGCGCAUUCUCAUUGUGAUAACGCACCAGAGCUUCCCUGAUACUAUGUAUUACCUCGCUCCUGUAAUGGCCAAAGAGCGACGUGUUCGCCUAGAGAUGUCUCAGCGGAGCUUCCGCUGUGGUUGUCCGUUGUAUUUCCGCGUCUCUUUAGGUGUUGCCGCGCCGUCUGAUGCAAAGAGAUGACUUUACGAUGUAAUAAUACACCAGA